UAAGAGCAAGCGAGGCGAGCAAGAAACAGCUUGCUCCUGCUGGUUCAGAAGUCCACGCCCUCCCGUCGCCGCGGCGGCGAACUCCAGUCUCCAGGAGUCCGGAUCCCGAGAGGGGCCGCCGCAGCCUGUCGAGAUGGAGAUCGCGGUGGGCGCCCUGUCCGGCAUGGUGGACGCGCUGCCGGCCAAGCUCGGCGACCUGCUGCAGCAGGAGUUCGCGCUGCUCUCGGGCGUUCGCGGCGACGUCGGCUUCCUCCAGUCCGAGCUCGGCACCAUGAACGCCGCCCUCCUCCGCUGCGAGUCCCUCGAGAGCCCCGACGCCCAGACCCGGGCCUGGGUCGCCCAGGUCCGCGACCUCGCCUACGACAUCGAGGACUGGAUCGACCUCUUCGCCCACCGCGUCGACGGCGGCGCCGCCCCCGCCCACGCCACCGCGGCGGCCACCUCCACCUCCUCCUCUGGGCUCCUCUCGUGGGUGCGCUGCUGCGUCAACAAGGUCGCGACGCUCCCCGCGCGCCACGUCAUCGCCAACGAGCUGCAGGACCUCAAGACCCGGGUCGUUGCGCUGAGCGAGCAGCGGAAGCGCUACAGGUUCGAUCCGCCGGCGGGUCACGCCGGCGGCCGGAGCGGCCCAGCUGGCGUUGACCCCAGGCUAAUUGCUCUCUAUCCUGACCCCGGUUCCCUCUUCGGCCUGGACGCGCCAGUGGAGAAGGUGUCCAAUAUGGUGGUUGACGGCGGCACGACUGGGCUCAGGGUAGUCUCCAUCUCCGGGAUGCCCGGCUCCGGCAAGACGACACUUGCCACGGCGGUGCACCGCCGUCUCAAGGAGCAGAACUGCUUCGACUGCAGCGCUUUCGUCUCCGUCGGUCAGAAGCCUGACAUUGCAGGUAAGACACUGAAGGGCAUACUCUCGCAUAUGGGCGAUCUUUACGGAGGAGGUGAAGACGUUGGCCGAUUGAUUGCGAUGCUGAGACAAAAUUUGAAUGAUAAGAGGUACCUUAUCGUCAUUGAUGAUUUAUGGAGUAGAACAGAUUGGUCAACGCUCAAGUGUUGUUUCCCAGAUGACAAUCUUGGCAGCAGGAUAAUGGUCACAACCAGAAAUGAUGUGCUGGCAAAGGAAUGCUCUUCCAGUAUGGGUGAAUGUGUUUACAAGAUUUGUCCCCUUGGUGACGAGGAUGCCAAAAAAUUAUUUUACAUCAAAGCUUUCGGCAAAGGGAAUGAAUGCCCUACACAUUUGAAGGAUAUCUCUGCUCAAAUCAUGGAACGGUGUGGUGGCUUGCCGCUUGCUAUAUCUAGCAUAGCUGGCGCUCUAGCACAUCGGUAUUCAAAAGAUGAAUGGGAGAGGUAUGAAUCAAACUUGCUACCUUCACAUUCAGAUGGAUUGAACUUGAAGCAAAUACUUAAUCUAAGUUACAGUGAUCUACCUUCACAUCUCAAGACAUGUAUGUUAUACCUAAGCAUAUUUCCAAAUAAUUAUGAGAUUGACGUUGAGCGCUUAGUGAGGAGAUGGAUUGCUGAGGGGUUUAUCGCUGAUGAACGUCAUGCAAGCAAAGAGGAGACAGCAAGAAGCUACCUUGGUGAUCUCAUUAGCAGAAACCUGAUUCAGACAUUGCAUCUUAGACAUGAUGGCACCCCGAGCUGCUGCACACUUCACCCAGUAAUGCAUGAUUUCAUUGUGGUCAAGUCCAUGGAAGAGAACUUUGUCACUCUAGUAUAUGCUAAGCAAGAGGCUCCCCACAAUUCCACAGUCCGGCGGCUUUCUCUUCAGAACAGUGUCAAACAGGACCAGGCUGUUGCACGAACUGAUACAAUCAAGCAUGCUCGCUCAGUGACUGUCUUCGGUCAUGCUGGUGGGGUGCCUCGCCUGAAUGAUAUGAGUGUGUUACGUGUUCUGGACCUGGAAGGCUGCAAUGGUUCAGUAUGCCUCGAUGGCCUCUGCAAAUUGAUACUUUUGAGGUACCUGAGCAUCAGGGGAACUGAUGUCAGUGAGCUCCCAGCACAAAUUGGGGAGCUUAGGUGCCUGGAGACACUGGAUGUGAGAUCUACGAAGGUCAAAGAGCUGCCUGCCAGCAUUGUCAGGUUGGAAAGGCUAAUGCAUUUGCUUGUUGGAAAGGCUAAGUUGCCCGGCGAGAUCAGGAAGAUGCAAGGCCUUCUAACAUUGUCGUGCACUGAUGUCUGGAAGAACACAGCAAGUGUCUUGCCAGAACUUGCUGAUCUUGCCAACUUGAGGGAACUGGAAUUGUUUUGUGAUGCCACUGAAAUCUCUGGUAAUAAGGAAAGAGCCUCUUUCUCUAGCGAUGGAUUUAAAAGUCUUAAGCAUCUCAGCAUCCACGGCAGGUUGCCAUCAGUGGCCUUUGCUAACAGAUCCUUGCAAGAGGUUGAAGUGCUUGAGCUGAAGUUCGAGAAAGACAUUUCAGAUGGGUCACGGUCAGGUGGUGUGUCUGGUGUAGAGCAUUUGCCAAGCCUGAAGUACAUAUUCAUUGAGUUUUCGCAGAAGGAUGCUGGCGCUGCUGCAACGAUCGCGUCCGUGAGGAACGCUGCCGAGAUGCUCCACCCUAAUCAUCCACUCGUCUCUUUCAAAGUUGGAGCGGCCAACUGAUACACUCGAUUUUUGAGUAAAUGCCAUUCUUUUUCACUUAUGUACUAUAGAAAAAAUAUAUAUAUCUUUGUUUCUUCCGUUUUACAUAUGGAAAACAAAUUGUGGAAAUAUACAUGUACUGGGAAGGGGCACGCAGCACCGGCGCCGUGGCGCUGCAGCAAUGGCCAACGGCGUCAGCGGAACACACGGCGGUGCCGCUACCCCCACCACACGGCACCAACGCAGUGUGGCGUCACCUCUUCGUGGUAUAUGCAUAUUUCUGCAAUUUAUCUUCCCAUAAUAUGUAUAUUUAUGUAAAGUUGAAGACAAAAUUAUAUUUAAAAAAUUCUAUGUAUGACCUUAUUGACCUUGUAUCUUCGUGGUUGUUUGGGUUGAAC